AUCGAUGGUGGCUAUGCCGAGUACGCUGUUGCGAACAGUGCCUACUGCUUCUCCCUUCCGGAGAAUUACCCGGACGUGAAAGCCUCUCUCCACUCCUUCGCGCCGAUCUCAUCGGCUAUCGAUCGCUCAGGAUGGAUUCACGCCUGGAAUGCGCAAACCCCGCAAGUUUGGAAUCUAUGGAUUUGGAGCUGCUGCUCACAUCGCUGCUCAGCUUUGGAUCUUCCAGGUGUUGAGACACGAAGGCCAUGAAGUGUAUGGUUUCACUCGACCGGGUGACGUAGAGGCGCAAGCUUUUGCUCGAAAAGUUGGAGCCACUUGGUCGGGCGAUUCCACCGCGUCGCCGCCACAACUCUUGGACGCCGCCAUCAUCUUUGCUUCGGUGGGAUCGCUGGUACCGCUCGCUCUGGCAGCCAUUCGCAAGGGCGGGGUGGUGGUUUGCGGCGGGAUUUACAGUCUCCAUACGCGGCGAACUGGGGCGAGAGGAGAGCGGUGUCGGUCGAAUCUCACACGCUUGGAUGCCAACGAGUUCUUGCGAGUGGCUUCGAGCAUGGAGAUCAAAAUGGAGACAGUGGAGUUUAGAUUGGAGGAAGCCCUGCGAGCUUUGAGAGAAGGGAAGCUCAAUGGAGCAGCAGUUCUUGGUCCAGGGAUCUAGGUGAAAGUAACAAGUUGGGCAUUUGGUC